AAAACGUGUGUAGUUCCCAAUUUUGAGGUUUAUCAAGUUUUGAGUGUGAUGUUAAUCUUGUGAUGCAAGACUAGCCAGACUUAAUUCAGUGGUGGGCGUGUUGGUCGGCUGAGUGAGCCAGAAAUUGUUCUGUCACAGCUGUACGUAGAAGCAAGUUCCCAGGAAAAAUGACCCGAGUUAAUAAGUCAAGAGAAUAAAGAACAUCAAACAUUUUAUGACAAACAUAAGACAUGCGCCACAGUUAACUGACAUUCAGAAUAGUGAACGUUUCCAAGACAAUUCAAACCAGUUUCGAAGAAACAAGUUCACGGAGAAACAAGUUCUGUCGAUUCCGAGACCGACGGAAUUCGACGUGUUCCAGUUCCAGCCCGUCCUGGUGGGUCCAGCAACCACAAGCAACCAUUAUACCCAGGGAGCUCAACCCUCUCGGUGACGGCUAUAUGUCACAAUCUCCGGUCAGCAGGCCAAGUUCGGCCACCCCUAAUGGCCACAUUCCCGUGGCCAAGAUAGCGGGCGUGCCAUGCCCGGCCACCCCGACCCGCUACACAGCACCUGUCCAUAUUGAUGUUGGUGGCAGUAUCUACACCUCGUCACUGGAGACCCUUACAAGGUUUCCUGAGUCCAAACUGGCAAGAAUGUUUAAUGGAAGCAUCCCCAUAGUUCUUGAUGCCCUCAAACAACAUUACUUCAUUGACAGGGAUGGGAAGCUGUUCAGAUACAUACUCAACUAUCUAAGGACGCAGCGACUAGUUGUUCCCACAGAAUUUGAUGAGUUUGAGCAGCUUUAUGAGGAAGCCAGGUAUUACGAACUUGCUGGGAUGCUGAAGGAUUUGGAAAACAUAAAAAAAGCUAAGGACAUAAGUAAAGUGGUGAAGGAGAUCAAAACAGAAAGGGUUACAACCACUAAUUCCGAGUUCAUUGACUGUAUAGCGGUCAGCAUUAGCCCAGACCUCGGUGAGCGGAUUUGUCUGAGUGCAGAAAGACCUUUGAUUGAGGAAAUUUUUCCGGAGCUGACCACAGCGUUGAUGGAUACCAGAAAUUCUGGAUGGCAUCUGGACAAUUUGUAUGUCAUCCGGUUCCCUCUGAAUGGUUUUUGUAAAUUAAAUUCUAUACAGGUUGUUCAGAGACUGUUGAAUCAUUCCUUCGUUAUUGCCGCAUCAACAGGAGGGGGUGUUGAGGGGCAACAAUUCAGUGAGUAUUUGUUCACAAGAAGCUGCAAAUCAACACACUGAAGCACUGAUUUUGUUUUAGAACUGUGACCAAAAACGAAAGCUCUUGUAUCUCAAUGAUUGAAAUCUAUGAAGGCCUACAAAUGAUGUACAUGCUUUUAACGUUAACCUUAUCAAUAAAAUGUAUAUUAUUACUUUAAAGUGUAUAUUUUGGUCUUGUAAAGACUUACUUUUUGAAAAAAACUCCAACUCAAGUGACUGGUACCAUUUUAAAGUUUCUGGUAGCAUUUUAAAGUGUGUGCGCUGGUUAAUUAAUAACAGUUGCAGGCGAUUCUUGACUAGUUUGUUCGUUGUUUUAAUAUGUGAUGGUUUCAAAGAAAUGUAUGAUGGGAUGCCUGACAUUCUUGACCUCUGUUGUAAUCCUUUUGUCCAGUAACCGUACCAGAGCAUGAGAAAUGCGUUCAAAUGUGUACAGGAUAAUUCUUUAUCAAAUAAAGAGAUUAAUAUGUAGCUCACUUGAACAUUCAGGCAAAUGAGUGGAUUUAUGAAAUAUGGGCUACACUUUUUCUUAAAAAUUAUUUCCCCUUUUUAAAAGAAGUAUGUGUUUAUUUUUUUCUUAUAACUUGUACCCCUUUGCUUUUGUGUAUCACAUCUUUCCUGUUUUUUU